AUGGAGUUACAUUGCUUUAGUGAUGCAUCAAAUGCAGCAUAUGCUGCAGUCGUGUAUUCAAGAGUUAUCUCUUCCGAUGGCAUAUUUGUGAAUAUUUUACAGUCUAAAUCAAAAGUAUCACCAGUCAAGACUGUUUCCAUACGCAGACUGGAACUGUGCGCUGCCAGACUUUUAGUACAAUUGGCUCAGAGCGUUAAAGAGUCUCUGUGCGAUGUGAACAUUGACAAUAUUUACUAUUGGAGUGAUUGUUCAACUGUUUUAAGUUGGAUUCAAAAACAUCCUUCCUGCUGGAUUGUUUAUGUUGCAAAUAGAGUUGCGGAUAUACAACGUUUGAGCAAUCCGCGACAGUGGAAUUACGUACAGUCAGCGUUGAAUCCGGCAGAUUGCGCAUCCAGGGGAGUAUUAGCUCAAGAUUUAAUUAAAGACCAAACUUGGACUAACGUCCUAAAAGCAUCGGAAAUUAAUGAAACUUUACUUCGUUUGAUCAGACUUACUCAAUUUAUUGAUUUUCCAAAUGAACUCAAACUUCUUUACGAAAAUCUCGAGAUUAGACAUAGUCCUUUACUUAAACUAAUGCCAUUUCUUGAUGAAAACGGAAUAAUUCGCGUAGGAGGUCGCCUACAAAACUCAGAUUUGAGUUACAAUGUAAAACAUCCAAUAAUAUUAGCUAAAUCUUAUCCACUUUCAAAACUUAUAAUAAUUGACUCUCAUGAGAGAACGCUACAUGGUGGUGUUACUCUGACUAUGUCUGUUGUGAAUCGCAAAUUUUGGAUUGUUUCUGGAAACCAAUUGGCCAAAUCCAUUAUUCAUAAAUGCAUUCAAUGUUUUAGAUAUUCUGCUAAAACAUCACAACAAGUUAUGGGCAACUUACCAUAUGUUCGUCUUAAUGUUACUAGACCAUUUAAAUAUAGUGGGGUUGACUAUACUGGUCCGAUAGAUAUUAAGAACUCAACAUUAAGAUCCGCUGUAGUUUCCAAGGGAUAUAUAUGUUUAUUUGUGUGCAAGGUCACAAAGGCUGUUCACUUGGAAGCUGUUUCUGAUCUUUCCACAAAUUCUUUUCUUGCUGCAUUUAGACGAUUUGUGUCCCGAAGAGGAGCAUGUACUGAUAUCUGUUCAGACUGUGGAACGAAUUUCGUAGGUGCCUCGAAGGAACUCAAAAUUCUUUACAACAGAAAUUCUAAAUCGUUGCCUGAUGAUUUGCGCCAGGCAUUAAGUUUAAAUUGUACGAACUGGCAUUUCAUUCCACCAGCCUCACCAAAUUUUGGUGGCUUAUGGGAGGCUGGUGUGAAAUCUGUUAAACACCACUUGAAACGUAUUACACAUAAUAGACUCCUAAGCUUUGAAGAAUUAGCAACUCUUCUCUGCCAGAUUGUAGGUUGCAUAAACUCUCGUCCUUUAUGCCCACUUUCCUCAGACCCAUGUGAUUUUGAUGCGCUUACCCCAGCGCACUUCCUCGUAGGGGAACCUAUACAAUGUAUACAAGAGGAAUCAUUGCUGGAUCAAAAUAUCAACCAUCUUACUCGCUGGAAAUCUAUUGAAUUACUGAAGCAACAUUUCUGGAAAAGGUGGCAUAGAGAAUACCUUAAUCGUCUUCAAGCCCGCCCGAAAUGGUUAAAGAGUAAGGCAAAACCUAAAAUUGGAGAUUCGGUACUCAUAGCAGAUGAAAGAUGCGGUCCAGGUCAAUGGCUACUUGGUCGUAUCCAUGAUGUCCAUCCAGGAGCAUGA